UUUAUUAACUCAUAUAUUCUUAGCUUUAAUUCGAAAUUGUUGGAUUCCUUUUUAUUAAUAAAACAAAGUUGCCACCUUCUUUAACGUUCUUCCUUCUUUACCUUCUUUUAUGUAGCAGAGAAAUCAAAGAUCUGAUUACUUGCACAAGAUGGAAAAAACAACUCCAACAUCUAGUCAUAUCAAUGAAAAUCAAGUUGAAGGAGGAGAAAACGUGCUUGCUAAGCAUGUUGCUUUCUUUGAUAGAAAUCAAGAUGGUGUUGUUUAUCCAUGGGAGACUUUUAAAGGAUUCCGUGCCAUAGGUUGCGGUAUGAUAUUGUCCACCGUUGCCGGCUUUGUCAUCAACAUUGGCCUAAGUCAUAAGACUCGUCCGGGGAAGUUUCCAUCCUUGCUUUUUCCUAUUGAGAUAAAGAACAUCGCCAAAGCCAAACAUGGGAGUGAUUCGGGUGUCUAUGACACACAAGGAAGGUUUGUACCAUCAAAGUUUGAAGCAAUAUUUAGCAAACAUGCGCGAACAAACGGGUAUGCACUCACUGCUAACGAACUCGACGAAAUGCUGAAAGCAAAUAGAGAACCAAAGGACUAUGGAGGAUGGUUUGCCGGUUACAUAGAAUGGAAGAUAUUCUUUAAUCUCUGCAAAGACAAGAAUGGAUUGUUGCAAAGAGAUACAAUUAGAGCAGUAUAUGAUGGAAGUUUAUUCGAAAAGCUCGAAAGCCAAAGACAAUCUGCUAAGAAACAUAAGCAAGGUCUUCAUGGUGAAGCUAAAUAAGCAUUGAUGUCGAUUAUCACCGGGUGGACACCGAUUCUUUAAGUGUGGUGUGUUGUUCGAGUUCUUGUAAGUUAUGUAAUGUAUGAAUUUAUACAUGUAUAUUACAAGGAUAUAUGUUGUGAAGGGAGAUGUUGUACUAUUUGUUGACACAAGGGAUCGCGAUUAUAGUCCAAGACAUCCCAUGUUUAUCGAAUGUUGGAAUUGGUAGUUUCUUUGGCAUCGGGCAUUUUCGGGUGGAUGUUCAUUCUAUGGAUAGUGUUUUGAUUUGUGUUUUUACUUAGUUCAAGCUAAAUUGGACAAUUGGAAACUUAUCAACGUGUUCAUUGAUUGAAUUGCAUAUAUUUGGGAGUUCA